UUUCCGGCAAAGUGCACGAAAUUUUGCGUGGGAAAGUCGGAGCAUCUCAGAGAGCGCACCCCAAGGCUGUCGAGGCUGUCUAUCGCGGGCGCCAUCCCUUUCUCAGACUUUCCUCGGGCCUACUGUGUGCCUGGCCUAGUGGGCGAUACAAGCUUGCGCUGUGUGUUGGGGAAGGCUCGAAGGCUUCCUGGAGGAGGUGACUUUGGGCAGAAAACUAAAGGGCAGGUUCAUGCAUUCACUGAACGAGUAUUUGUAGGCAUCUACUGUGUGCCAGUCUUUGGGACCUUACGGCCCUAGUGCUGCCGAUUUGUACCAAAAUCCCUAGCCCCCGCCGUUCCCCUAGGAUGCAUUCACUCCACACAGGAGGGAUGCUAACCACAGCAGGGUUCGGGGUCCUGGGGUCUUGGCAAAUACGCUCGCUGGUGUUUGCACUCAUGCACGGUCUGUGGCCCCCGCCUCCUGACCCCCGUCAGUGCCGGGACUGGAGUGUGGAUGCCUCCAGAGCAACGUGCACGUCCCGCUUCUGCACACAGUAGGCGCCCAAAUUUUAAGGCAUACCUUGGGCCCGGCCCGCAGCUCCCGUCCAGUGCUGCGGAAGCGGCGCGGGACUACAUCUCCCAGCAUGCCCCCCGCGGCCCUGAGCGAGGCGAGGCACGGUGAGUCAGAGCCCACAGUAAAUAUUUGUAUUAGCCGGAGCCGGCUCGCUAAUGGUGGACGCGUGAGGUGGAGGAGCGCGCGGCGGCGGGAGGCCGGAGCGGGCAGGCGGCGGUGGCGCCAUGUCCGUGAACAUGGACGAGCUCAAGCACCAGGUCAUGAUCAACCAGUUCGUGCUGACGGCGGGCUGCGCGGCCGACCAGGCGAAGCAGCUGCUGCAGGCGGCCCACUGGCAGUUCGAGACGGCCCUCAGCGCCUUCUUUCAGGAGACCAACAUCCCCUACAGCCACCACCACCACCAGAUGAUGUGCACUCCUGCCAACACCCCCGCCACACCCCCCAACUUCCCUGAUGCCCUCACCAUGUUCUCCCGUCUCAAGGCCUCCGAGAGCUUUCACAGUGGAGGCAGCGGCAGCCCGAUGGCCGCCACGGCCACAUCGCCCCCGCCGCACUUCCCGCAUGCCGCCACCGGCAGCUUCGCGGCGCCCAGCUGGCCAACUGCGGCCUCGCCACCAGGCGGGGCACAGCAUCACCAGCUGCAGCAGCCGCCCCUGUGGACUCCGGCACCUCCUUCCCCGGCGUCAGACUGGCCACCCCUGGUCCCCCAACAGGCCGCCUCAGAACCCAGGGCCCACCCUGCCAUGGAGGCCGAGAGAUAAAGGAGGCCCCUCCCCCCUCCCGGAGGCCAGGACCCCGUGGGGCGGGGGAGAGGAUGUCUCUGCGGGCCCCUUCACCCUCCUCUGUCUGCACCCCCCUUCCCCGGAGCCCUGGAGGGGAGAGACCGGACCCUCGUGCCAGCACACAGGCUGCCCACACGCGUGUCUGGCAGCGCAGGCAUGCAGCACCCAGCUGCGGUGGAUUUGGUUCCCAGUCAUCUGGGUGCUGGUGGAUAGAACUUCAGAGAACAAGCAGCCUUCCCCAGAGGACUCGCCCGCCCCACCCCGCCCUGCCCCGGGGGGCUGCGGAGAACUGCCGAGGCAGAGACUCGGCCAGCUUCUGCCUUGGAGCUCCUUGGGGGCCGGCAGGCCUAGAUCCCAACCCUCGGGAAUGCAGAGCUUUCUCCGCAUGUGUGCGUGUAGCUGUGUCUGUGUAUUUAUAUGUAUGUCGUCCUUCAAGAAGCAACCUAGUUUAUGGGGCAGCUGGACUUUGCAUGUUAGAGUGAGCCCCCAAGUCCCUUGCCCGCCGUCCCUCUCCCCAGGGCCCUGCCCCUCUCCUCUGCCCCCUCGGCAGCCAGCCUUGCUGUUCCCUGCAGAGAAAAGGAUUGUGGGAAACUCCAGGACUCUUCCCACCCAUCCCCCAGUGCCUGCCUGCUGGGGCUGCCUGCAUGUCUCCCCCAGAGCCCGGGGGGUACCCCAUUACCAGUCUUUUCCCCCUUUUAACAAAGGAGAAGAAAGAGUUCCAACCCA